AUGAUAAAGCAAAAGAGGUCGUACACGCAUAUCAACAACGAAGGCGAAAUGAGCAACCACAGCGAUGAGGAAGGUGCAUUUAAAAGGCCACGAAAUAAAAGUGUCAGUAGCAAUAGGUCCUUCGGAAGUUACAACGAUGAGGAAAAUGAAAAGGAUGAAACAAUGAGUUACUCUCCUAGUGGCACAACCACAGAAAUGAGAAUCCCCUACUGUCUUCUCCUACCCAAUAGGGCAAUCGGCUUUGUAAUUGGUAAAUCAGGAAACAAUGUACGUGAAAUCGAAAAGGCCUGCGGAGCGGUCAUAAAAUGCCAAAAAGAAUUUGAUGUCUCAGUGUAUCCACCUCCGUCGGAAAAGAUCCUUACCAUAUUUGGCAAAAAGGAAAAUAAAAAAAAAGCAUUAGAAUUGGUUUUAGGUAAAUCCAAAACGGUUAUGGAUUUCCAUGAAGAGGAUGGGAAAGAGUCUAUCGUUAUUAUCGUACCUACUAGAUCCAUCCCAAUCAUUAUCGGACAGAAGGGAUCCAAAAUUGCUUCUCUAUCUGAAAAGUCAGCUUGCGAAAUUAAUGUGCAUAAGGAUGACGUUCCAGGAAUUAAGGAUAAGGCUAUCUUUAUUAAGUCGAAAAAAAUUGGAAAAAUUAUUGACUGCAUAGGCAUCAUUUACGAUUUGCUAGAGGACAUUGUGGAUAAUGGUAUUCUUUCCUUGUCUGAGUUUCCUGGCGUUCCCAAAAGUGGCGCCGUAAUCUCUUCCCUGGGUGGUGGCGGUGCCUUGCCCGAUGGCCCAGGAGGGAUGGACAUGGGCAACGGCCCCAUGGGUGGAGGUGGCCCCAUGGGAGGAGGAGGCCCGAUGGGUGGAGGCGGCUCGAUGAACAACAUGACGAAUAACCACAUGGGUGGGGGUGGCGGAGGCCCCAACAGCCACUUCCAUCAGGGAGGUGCACACAAUCACUAUAACCACGGCACGAAAUAUAACAUGAAAAAAAACGACAACAGUAACUCCUUCGAACGUAUGAGCGGUGACGACUAUGAUAACUUCUCAGUUCCGAAAGAGAGGAACCUGUUGUUGCACAAGUACGGAAAGGAAGCGAGCGCUUGUGUGAUUCGCUUCGUUCUGGACGUAGAAACGACCGCGUGGAUAAUCGGCAAGUCAGGGUGUCACAUAAAGGAAAUAAGAACGAUAACAGGAGCGGGUGCAGUAAUAGUGGACGCCCCCGACAACAUAGAAAAUGUGAAAACGUGUGAUCGAAUUCUAACCCUAUCCGGAUCGGCGGAAAAUAAAUUUAAUGCACUCAAAUUAAUUGUGAGACAAAUGGAAGAAAGAGAAAAAAAUAUAAACCACCCAAUGCGUAUGCUAGUCCCAGGAAAGGCAGCUAGCUUCCUAAUUGGUAGAAAGGGUUCCAUUAUAAAAUACAUCACGGAGAUGUCGGGUUCUCAAAUACAGGUAGCUAAAAAUAAAGAAAGUGAAAAUGAAAAGCUAGUCCUGAUUAGCGGUUCUCCCGAUUCUAAAAUAUUAGCCUCCAUUCUAGUUUUGCAAAAAUUAGAAGAAUACGAAAAUCCGGCCAUCGUUAGGGAAGGAUUGCUCAUCCCGUUGAAUGACGUCUUCUUCAGCUUAAGCUCGAAUAAGUAUGCUAACGUAAAAAAGGGAAAUAACAGUAACAGCAAUAGCAACAAUUACGGUAACAGUGGGGUGGGUAAUCACAACAAGCCAGUACAUAACCAUCACCAAACGAAUAUGAACAAUGACAGUCAUUACGGAAGGGGUUCUUCUCCUCAAGGGGUUAACGGUAGCGGGUACGGUGGGGGUGGAAACCACCCUGAUCAUCACCGUCCGAACCAUCACUAUCCGAAUGGCCACGAUGACGAGAGCCCCAGCCCCGUGGAUAAUAACUACCCUUACGAUGACAACACCAUGCAGGGUCAUAACAGUAACCACCAUGCGGAUUUAAGUAACCAUCGUUCAGAUUUAAGUAACCACCGUGCGGAUUUAAGUAACCACCAUAACUCACUUAAGAACCCAAACGAUAUGAAAGACAAAGUGGAAAAACUCUUUCUCCAACAGUUAUACAAAUCCUUUCCCAUUUCUUCUCUUCCCAAAAUUUUAUCCGUCACACAACCAUACACUAUCGAACUGAACAUGCCUGAUGUUUAUUUGGAAACCUUCGACUCGCAGAAUAAAAAUGGGAAAUCAUUAAUUGAAGAAAUUAUUGAGAAGUCUGGCUGUAACAUCUCCAUCUGUACUGACUCGAAUGACUCCUCCUCUUACACCUUCAUUCUCUCCAUCACGGGUUCCCCCCUCGCCAACUCCAUUGCCAUCCUCAUGAUUCAGGCCAAAAUAUUUCAGUUCGACUGGUUCUGA